AUGUCUUCUGCUAACGGUUCAACUCAUUCAAAUAUAAAAUGCGGUGGUAUUGGUGGUAUUAGACCAGUUAAUGAUGAUGAUUUAAAGAUUUGGGAUCUGUACAAAACACAUUUGGAAAAGAAAAUACAAGAUCAAUUUCAUGUACCAACUACUCAUACGCUCAAACCAGUUCAAGUUUCUACACAAGUUGUAGCAGGGCAAAACUACUUUUAUAAGGUCGAAUUACCCGAUAAAAAAUAUGCAACAGCUCGUGUUUACCACGUUCCAUGGCAACAAGACACACAUGGUAAACCAGAACAAGUGGCUAUACAUGAUAAAUUACUGAAUAGUCCAAAUGAAAAUGUUGGUCAUUUUUAA